AUGACCGAGCAUGGCGAUGGAAACAUCAAGGUCGUCGUCCGGUGCCGUCCCCUCAACUCACGCGAGAUCGCGCGCGGCGCGAAAUGUCUUGUGCGAAUGGAGGGGAACCAGACUAUCCUAGAGGCCCCGGAGCCGGGCUCGGCGGGUGCGCAGGCGGCAUCAGGAAGGGCGGCGGAGCGGAAGGCGAUGAACUUUGCGUUCGACAAGAGUUAUUGGUCUGCAGGCCCAAGGGACGAACCGAACUACUGCUCGCAACAGACCUUGUACGACGACCUGGGGAGGGAGCUUUUGGACCACGGGUUUGCAGGAUUUAACGCGUGUAUCUUGGCUUAUGGACAGACAGGCUCUGGGAAAUCUUAUAGUAUGAUGGGAUACGGUCCCGACAAGGGAAUCAUCCCACUUACGUGCUUGGAGCUAUUCGCGCGUUGCGAAUCCAAGAAGGCUUCAGAUCCCAAGCUCAACUUCACUGUGGAGGUUUCUUACAUCGAAAUCUACAACGAGAAGGUUCGCGACCUGCUCAACCCGAAGAACUCGGGCAACCUCCGAGUGCGAGAGCAUCCUAGUCUCGGUCCCUACGUGGAGGAUCUGUCCAAGCUCAUGGUCAAUAGUUACGACGAGAUGAUGACACUCAUGGACGAGGGUAACAAGGCGCGUACAGUUGCUGCGACAAACAUGAACGAGACCUCGUCACGUUCACAUGCCGUCUUCACACUGCUUCUCACGAUGAAGAGACACGAUGUCGACACAAACCUCGACACAGAGAAGGUCUCGCGUAUCAAUCUCGUUGAUCUUGCUGGUUCAGAGCGUGCCAACUCCACUGGUGCCACUGGUCAGCGGCUGAAGGAAGGAGCGAACAUCAACAAGUCCCUCACGACCCUCGGGAAGGUCAUCUCGGCUCUCGCGCAAGCAAGUCAGUCGGAAGGAAAGAAGGGCAAGAAGGGCAAGGGAGAUGAUUUCGUCCCCUACCGUGACUCCGUCCUGACCUGGCUGUUGAAGGACAGUCUGGGAGGAAACUCGAAGACUGCCAUGAUCGCUGCCAUUUCUCCCGCCGACGUGCAAUACGAGGAGACUCUCAGCACCCUCCGUUACGCUGACCAGGCCAAGAAGAUCAAGAACAAGGCCGUCAUUAACGAGGAUCCGAACGCCAAACUUGUCCGUGAGCUCAAGGAAGAGCUCGAGAUGCUGCGGGCGCGCGUUUCUGGAGCCACCUCCGAGGCUGUAUAUGAUCCCAAGAUUCCUGCCUCCCAACAGAAGGUCACGUACCAAGCCAAGGACGGCACCAUCAAGACUGUCACGAAGGCGGAGCUGCAAGACCAGUUGGAGACGAGCGAGAAGCUCAUGCAGGGCCUGAACGAGACCUGGGAGCAGAAGAUGGAGCGUACACAGGAUAUCCAGCGCGAACGUGAGCAGGCCCUUGAAGAGCUUGGUAUCACUGUUGAGAAGAACAAUGUGGGCGUGCACACACCAAAACGGAUGCCCCACUUGGUCAACUUGAACGAGGAUCCCUUGAUGAGCGAGUGCCUGAUUUACCAGCUGAAGCCCGGAAAGACAGAAGUCGGUCGGAUGGACAGCGAGAAAUCCGCCGCCAUCCGUCUCAGUGGGGAAAGCAUCGCGGAGGAGCACUGUUACUUCGAGAACACCGACGGCAAAGUCGUGCUAUACGCGUUGCCAGACGCUGUCACUUUCCUCAACGGAAGCCAGAUCACACCUGGGCAGUCCUACAAGCUUCGAACAGGUUUCCGAAUCAUCCUUGGAGAGCACCACGUUUUCCGCUUCAACAACCCAGAAGAAGUACGCAAGCUACGGGACCGCGUGAGGGCGAAGUCCCAGAUGACUAUCAGCGUCACUGCUGCCGACGUCGCCGCCCAAGAACUUGAGGGCACCCGCCCGAGCUCACCAACAUCGUCAAGUGUGGACGUCGACGAUGUCGACUGGACCUUCGCCAAGCGGGAAGCGGCCUUUGCCAAACUCGGACUCGAUCCCGCUCUGGACAAUCUACCCGAUGAGGACCUCAACAAGCUCUUCGAGAAGAUCACCAAAGUCAAGACGAUGCGCGACCAUAAUGCCAAGCGGCCAGAGAGCAGUCUUAGCGUCAGUCACGCCGACGAUAUUUGGAGCGAGUCUGGUCGUCUCGAGACAGCGACCGACGACACCAGUGUUGACGCCUUGAACAAUCACGGCAGCCCCGAGUUCGGUGAGGGCUUAAAGGAUGUGCAGAGCCAGCUCGAAACCGAGCGCGCCGAAUUCAAGACUCGUCUCCAGGCGAUCGCAGAGUCCUCAGAGGCGGAAGACAUCAAGAUUGAGAAGGAACAGAUGCAGAAGCAGCUGAAGGCCGUUCAAGCACAUAUGAAGCGUCUACUCGAUGCGCGCGCAAGAGGGGAGGAGAUUGAAGGCGAAGAAUUCGAGCCAGUCAUCUACUCAGCUCGGCAACUUCGUCUCAUCCGCAAGGUCCUUGACAAGUGGCGUGCGCACCGAGCCUUCUCCAUGGCCGAAGUUGUCCUAUCCAAUGCAGUCCUCAUCAAGGAGGCUAACAUCAUCAGCAAGGAGCUUGGGAAGGAUGUCUCAUACAACUUCACAGUCGCGGCUGGUGGUUCUCUGGCUGCCCCCGCUUCGGCCAUUGACUCGAUAGCAGGCCUGGACCAGUUCGGAGACGUAUCAGACCCUGUUCUUGCCUCUGCAACUCAACCCUCGGUGGCCGUCAAGCUUGUCGACAAACGCCACAACGCCAUCUAUGUCUGGUCACUAGAUCGCCUCCAGCAGCAACUCCAGCGCAUGCGGAAUCUCACCACCUUCAUUGAUCGUCCAUCCUAUUCCCAACACUUCUCUUCUGAGGAGCCUUUCUACGACAGCCCUCCCCCUGAUUAUUCGUUCAUUGGCAACGCCCUACUCUCCCUUGCACCUAUGUCCCGCAGACUAUCCUCCACCUCCACCGUUCCUAUCUUCUGUCGGUACACUUCAGAGGCUAUUGGCUCAUGUCGCAUAGAGGUCAAGAUAGCCAAUGUUGUGCUUUCCCCCAAGCACGCCAACGCCUCUGCGACUUCCACUCGUGCCUCUUCUCCCGUUCCAGGCACGGUCCCUCCCGGCAGCAAAAUUACCUUCUCCCUCAUCGUCGAUCAAGUGAAGGGUCUUUCUCACCUGGACUUCUCUUUCGUUCACGUUCAAGUCCGAUUAUCAUCAUUCCUGGGCCCAUCCCUCACCUCGGAAGAGGUGUACCCCUCCGCUGCUGUUGACCUCGACACUGCCUCUCUUUCCGAUCUCAAGUUCCGCCGUAGUUUCUCCAUGGUAGCUUCAACACGGACACUCACAUACCUUCGUCAAGGGUACGCCCCGAUGGAAUUCUAUGCACGCCUGAAACCCACGUAUCUGGAGCGCAUGGAACGAUGGGACGAGAUGCGGGAGUUGCGGAUACCUACCAGCAAUGGAUCGCCGUCAGCAAGCCCUCCGAGGAGCCAACCGACCUCCCUUCCCCCAAUGCGUCGUUCCGAGAACGAUUUUGUUGUAGAACAGAACCACGACGUUACGGCCUGGCUACAAGUGUGCGAGCUUGCGCCCGACGGGACAUACAAGCCUGUGCCUGUAGUGUCAACCAGCCAUCUCGACCCCGGCUCCCUUCAGCUCCAUCAAGGGUUGCAGCGUCGCAUCGUGCUCACUCUCUCCUCGCACUCCGGUCGUCAGCUCCCCUGGACGGAGGUUACUCGGAUACGAAUGGGCAACAUCCGCCAUCUGGAUGCAAAGGGUCUUCUUCACGACUCGCCAUCCAAGGUCCUCACGACGCUACCUUUGCAAACCGAGCAAAAGAUCGAGUACAAGCCGGACGGAACCGGCAACAUCACUGCUGAGGCCCUUUGGGAUUCCAGCAUACACAACUCGAUUCUCCUCAACCGCGUUACGGGUUCAGGUCAACGAAUCCUCAUCCAGGUCACCUUCAGCGUGGCAAUCGAGACAUGCGCGGAGCCAGUCCAGUUCAGCAUGGACACCGCGGUCACCAUCCAGACGCGUGAUGCGCGUGCUCCCUCCCGCCUCACCUCGCUCUUUGGCUCGACCAAGAUCCUCUCGAAGACGAGCACCAUGUUCUCAGUCAAACUCUCUCCCCCUCUCACGCGCUCGCCCAAGGAGCUCUGGCGGCUAGACACCGCGGAGAAGUACGUGCGGGGCGAGGAGGCCCUCGGUGUCUGGCGCCCGCGUGGCGUCUCCGUCGUCGAGGACUACUCGAAGCUCGUGACGAUGGAGCGUCGUGCGGCGGAUGUGCAAGCGAUCCGGAUCAUCCUCGCUUCGAGUCCGCACGGGCGCAUGCAGCAGAUGCAGCAGCAAGACGCGGACGUUUGGGCGGCGGAGCGGGGCCCGCGCACCGAGGCAGUCCUCCGCAAGGCGCUUGCUCUCUGGCAGAAGCGGUUUGGCCACGCAGGCGAGAUCGUCAUCAGCCAGGAGCAGGCGAACUGGACGUGGUCGAUUUCGGACACGCACUCGACCGAGUCGCUGAAGCUCAACUCGAGCACGAAGCUCGUGCCCAGGAACGAUGGACCUACCAAGAAGGGCCACCUGAUGCUCAUGAUCGACGCAAAUGUGAACGCGUGGGAGAAGAGGUGGUUUGUGCUCCGAAGGCCAUACUUGCACAUGUUCGCUCACUCGAACGAGGUUGAGGAGAUUGGCGUCAUCAACCUAGCAGGCGUCAACAUCGAGAGCAACUCACAAAUGGAGGCUCUGCUUGGAAAAACGUUUACGUUCACCCUGUUCACGUCCUCUAACUCGUAUGCACUCGCGGCCCCGAACGCGAAAGAACUUCAGGCAUGGACUACGAAAUUAGACCCUACACGGCUCCCGUCAUGA